GAAAUCUGAAUAACAAUGAAGGUGAAACAAAUACAUUGCCAAUCAGAUCUACAUGCAAGGAAGUAACUUAAGUAGGUCUGAACUUAAAUCAGAUUGCCCUUAAUACAUUAUAGGAAACAGUGUGAAUUGCGUUAGCUAGAAUAAUAACUCACUAUCACUACUUCAAGUACUUUUCAAACACUUAAUAAGAACUACUUGUAUUAUAUUUAGUUCCUGCUACAAAAUUUGUCCUUUUAACACAUUUUGCUUUUCAAGGAAACUUACAACAGUUGUCUUAAAACAUUCAGCUUGAUAGGGACAUAAUAUUUUCCUGAUAAUAAACUAAAUCCUAUGGUUCAUACGUAUAACAGUGGUGAAAAUUUCAGGUUAAUUAUGGCUGUGCCUGGAAAAAAGGCAUCUGAAAAGGCAAUUACCCUUUCUCAAGGUUGUGCUGAAGAUUUUGAAGUUUACUGUCAGCCAUGUGACAGAGAUGAUGUCAGACAACCUGCCUUUGGAUACUGUGUGGACUGUAAGGAGCAUUUAUGCCAAGCAUGUUUCGUCACCCACAGGAAACCUAAACCAUCACAGCAUCAUCAGCUUCUUGACAAAGAGCACAUGCCCGUGAAACUAAACCUUCACAUUGCAUCAAAAUCUACUCCCACUAAACAGGCUGACAGUCUGACAACGCCAUGUUCUAAGCACACAAAAGAAGUGAUCAAGCUGUAUUGUCAUAAGCAUGAUGCACUGUUGUGCAGUGUAUGUGUUGCCCUUCAACACACACCACCAUCCUGCCAUGUAGACUACAUACCUGAUAUAUCACAACAGACUUUAGACAGCAAUGAGUUCAACAAAACUUUGAAAGACCUGGACCAAAUGACAGAAAAAUGCUGCAAGGUUACAAAAGAUCAAAAACAAAGAGUAGCUGAAUCCAUAACUUCUCUUGAAGAUGUUAUAACACACAUAGACAACUUCAGAGAAGAGAUUAAUAAAAGAUUAAAUGAACUAGAAAAAGAGGCUAAAGAUACAGCAACAACAAUCCAACAUGACAACAACAAAAAGUUGACAACAACAGAAACAACUUGUGAGAAUCUUGUCAAAUCUCUUCAAGUGUCUGCCGACUCACUCAAACAUCUCAACACGAACAAGAAAGCUGAUCAACUGUUUACUGAACUUAAAAUAGCUCAACAACUGAUUAUAGAUAGCAAACAAGGAAUAUCACAACUACCAGCAGCUGAAGAUAUUGAUGAAUAUGUCUUCAAACCAAACCAAGCCAUCCAAACACUCCUUCAGAAUGAGAAAUCAUUUGGAACUUUGAAACAUAAAAAUCCAAAACAGUCAGCUGAGCCACCAAAUCAAUCUGAAGUAGUAAUAAAAAUGUCAGGUGGUGCCUUUGUUGAAAAAUCUAAUUUGAGAACAGGAUUGGCUGCUUCUCCUCCAAACCUAUUAUUUGCAGCAUCGGAGAACGGAUAUAUUGAAAUGAUAGACAAAGAGAUUGGAAAAGAGGCUGGAAAAGUCAUUAAAAAACUAUCACUUAAAUCACAACCCUGGGAUAUAACAGUUAUCAACAUAGAUACAAUUGCUGUUACAAUACCAGGUAGUGGAAAAAUUCAGUACAUUUCCUUCUCCUCCAAUACCCUCUCACUGAAAAGUAAAAUGAAAGUUGGUGGCCAGUGUCAUGGUAUCAGUCAUCAUCAGGGAAAACUUGCAGUAACUUUUUUACAUCCUGGUAAACUCCUUAUUAUGGACUUAAAAGGCAAUGUACUCGAAAAAGUAGGAAAAGAUUCAAAUGGUGAUGAUAUUUUAUGGGAACCUAAAUAUGUUGAUACAAACAGUCAAUCAAUCUAUGUAUCUGACAGUAAGAAGUCAAUUAUAUGGUUUAACUGGCAGGGGGAGAUGAUAGGCAGGUAUAAAAGUGAUGAUUGUCGUAGCAUUGCACUGUUAGGAGACGGGUCCUUUUUAGUAGGCGAUCAUUGGGGACAUUUCAUAUCUAGAGUAAGCGAUGACUGUAAAACAGAAAAGAAGUAUGAAAUCUCAUUUCCAUAUGAGGUCAUAUAUUGGUGUCCAGAAACCAGUACCCUUUAUACAAGUAUGCAUGAAGAUUGGGAAUUUAUCUAUUCAUAUGAUCUAAAAUUAAUAUAGCUGCAAUCUCAUUGGUCUAAAAGGAGAAAACACAAUGUACAUUUUAUAUCAAUUAGAAAUGAAUGGGUGUCACUUUUUGACUGUAAAAAUACAUGUAUAUUAUCUGUUGUACCAAUAUUGUAUAAUUAUGUUCUAUUCACAGUUGAUCAAAGGGAGGCAACACAAUAUAUAUUUGAUAUCAACUAGAAAUGAAUGGGUGUCACUUUUGGACUAUAAAUAUAUUAUUUAAAUAUAUUAUCUAUUUUGUAAACAGUUGAUCAAAGGGAGAAAACACAAUAUAUAUCAACUAGAAGUGAAUGGGUGUCACUUUUUGCCUGUAAAAUACAUGUAUAUUAUCUGUUGUGCCAAUAUUGUAUAACAGACUAUCAUAUUAUAUAUGGCAUAAAAUACCAUGGUAACACACAAUUCUUUCUCUUUAUAUUGUAUAUAUCUAUAUCUAAGUGUACUGUGUAUACAUAUGAUAAAUAGCAAAUGAUUGCAAUGUUAAUAAAUACUGAUAUUCUUGUGUAAGAGUUUAAGUGUGUCCAAAAUGUUAUCAAUAAAGGUUCUAUGAAAACUGUGGAUGUUUCUAACAGAUCAUAAAUUUCAUCUUUCAAUGUUUAAAUCUUUAAAUCUGCUUUAAAUCCGGCACAAGGGGGCAUGGAUGGUAGCUUGCAAUUACCACUACCCUCUAUGAACGGAUUCAAUAAAACAAACCCUGUUAUAUUUUUUAAUCGUGCAGUUUUGGACGUUCUGGUUUUCUCUAUGUUAAUCCUAUCAUCACAACACUAUUAUCAAAUUCUUUUAAUAGCACCUCAAACUGGUAGACUGCAAUCUGAGCUUUUCCUUCUGAGCUUUUUCCUUCGCUAGCUUUGAAGUUAAUAGUGUAAAAUGACAGGUGACCAUGCAAUCAAAGAUGCUACAUAAAAUGAGCCGUGUCAUGACAAAACCAACAUAGUGCGUUUGCGACCAGCAUGGAUCCAGACCAGCCUGCGCAUCCGCACAGUCUGAUCAGGAUCCAUGCUGUUCGCUUACAAACCCUAUAGCAAGUAGAGAAACUGAUAGCGAACAGCAUGGAUCCUGAUGCGCAGGCUGGUCUGGAACAAUGCUGGUCGCAAACGCACUAUGUUGGUUUUGUCAUGACGCGGCUCAAUGAUUGUUGGGAAUCUAUCAACUAAUUCACUAAUUGUAACCUAAACGGUUUACUAUUUCUAACCAAAAAUGAAUUGUGACAAAUUUGAUGGACAAAUUAAGCUAGGCAGACCAAAGAUAACCAUCGAAGCAAGUUGAGUUCUACACAUAAAAGAAAUAUUGAAGUAUAUAUAUGUUUGAUGUUUAUAUUAUAUUUAGAAAUUGUAUGUUGUUUUACAAUUUAUACAAAGGGAAACAACACAAUUCCUGAUUUAGUGUAUAAAGAAUUAGAAUUAUUGUCACACACAAAACAAAACGGUACAUCAUUUUAAUGACUUUGUAUUUUUAGUUUUUAAUUCUUAAGGUUCUAAAUUACUUUUUUUUUCAUCAUUCAUAUAAAUGAAAGAUUGUUUGUAUAAUUAUGACUGUUAGUUUGAUAGAAUAAAUGUGUUGAAUCU